AUGGAAUCUCAAGGUGAUUUCGCAGUGGCGGAGGAUUCGAGACAUGGAUAUUUCAUGAAACAAGCCCUGUUGAUGGGGGAGAAAGCACUUCAAUCAGGCGAAACUCCCGUGGGUUGUGUUCUGGUACACAACGAUCAGAUUGUAGGAUUUGGCAUGAAUGACACGAACAAAUCUAUGAAUGGCACAAGACAUGCCGAAUUUAUAGCGAUUGGAAAGAUGCUUCAAAAUUACCCCCGGUCAGCAUUGCAAUCUACUGAUCUUUAUGUUACCGUUGAACCCUGUGUGAUGUGUGCCUCUGCAUUGAAGCAGUAUCGCAUCCGUAGUGUGUACUUUGGGUGUGCCAAUGAUCGAUUUGGAGGCACUGGAGGCGUCCUUUCGUUACAUUCCGAUUCCUCAAUUGACCCGACAUACCCUGUUUAUGGUGGAUUGUUUAUGAAAGAAGCAAUCAUGUUGCUUCGUCGUUUCUAUAAUCAAGAAAACGAGAAAGCCCCAAACCCAAGACCAAAAAAGAAUCGCGAGUUGAACACCAGGUUUGGAGAUGACAGCCAAUAA